AUGACUUAUUUGAUGUUUUUGUUAUUAAUAGGGUUAAUUUUUGGUUUAAUUGCGGUGGCUUCUAACCCAUCGCCAUAUUUUGCCGCUUUAGGUUUAGUGGUUGUAGCUGGUAUGGGUUGUGGUGUUAUGGUAAGUUUUGGGGGGCCUUUUUUAUCAUUAGUAUUAUUUUUGAUUUAUUUAGGAGGAAUAUUAGUUGUUUUUGCAUAUUCUGCCGCUCUAGCUGCCGAACCAUAUCCUGAGAGUUGGGGUAAUUGAUCUGUUGCAGUUUAUGGGGCUUUAUAUUUAAUAGGAGUGAUUUUAGUUUUAUUUUACUUUUAUGGGGGGUGGUAUGAGAGUUCUUGAGUACCAGUGGAUGAGUUGUCAGGUUUGUCUAUAUUUCGAGGAGAUAUAUCUGGAGUAGCUUUAAUAUAUUCUUCAGGAGGAUGAGUGUUGGUGAUUAGUGCUUGGGUUCUUUUGUUAACUUUAUUUGUUGUGUUAGAGUUAACACGGGGUCUUUCCCGUGGUACUCUUCGAGUGGUUUAA